AUGGAGCUCUCGGGCUUCUCUACCGAACAGCUCACAGUCCGAGAUGCGGUGAUGAAAAUAUGUUCGAAGUACAGUGAUGAAUACUGGAUGGAACACGAUUACAACGAAGAGUAUCCUCAUGGAUUGCAUGCAGACCUGGCAAGGGAUGGCUGGAUAGGAAUUGCGUUACCAGAAAACCUUGGUGGCGCGGGCCUAGGUAUCUCGGAAGCCACUAUGAUGUUGCAAGCUAUUGCGGAGAGUGGAGCGGGUCUGGCAGGAGCGCAGUCUGUACACGCCAAUGUCUACGCGACCCAGCCCAUCGCCAAGUUUGCAACCGAACAUCAGCGAGAUGCAUUCCUGAGAAAGAUCAUCAGCGGUGAGUGGCGGACUUGUUUUGGUGUGACGGAGCCCGAUACUGGUCUCGAGACCCUCAAGUUGAAGACGACGGCGACAAAGGAAGGUGACUCGUAUCGCAUUACCGGCCAAAAGGUAUGGAUCACGAAUGCUCAGGUAGCCGACAAGAUGGUCCUUCUCGCGCGGACGACAGCCCUCGAAGAUGUCAAGAAGCCUAGCGAGGGCCUGAGCAUGUUCUACAUUCCCUUGGACAAGACAGCCCCUGGCCUCGAGAUCAAGAAGAUCCGAAAGAUGGGAGGACGAGCCGUCGACGCCAACCAAGUCUUUUUCGACAAUUACCGCAUCCCGGCCGAUUCGCUCAUCGGCGCCGAAGGUCAAGGCUUCAAGAUAAUCCUGCACGGAAUGAACGCCGAGCGCUGUCUCCUGGCGGGCGAGGCUCUAGGCCUGGGCUACGCCGCCCUGAAGAAGUCGACGGACUAUGCCCGCGAGCGAGUCGUCUUCGGCAAACCCAUCGGCCAGAACCAGGGGAUUCAGCAUCCGCUUGCUUCCGCCUUCAUGCACCUCGAGGCUGCCAAAUUGGCCACGUAUCAUGCGGCUCGCCUAUACGAUCGAAGCAACCCGAGCCAUGCCGAAUACGACAGUUCCAUUACCCAGCACGCGGUCGGCAUCGCGUGCAAUAGCGCCAAAUAUCUCGCUGCGGAGGCUGCGUUCAAUGCGUGUGAGCGAAGCGUGAUGUCCAUGGGUGGCAUGGGCUAUGCUGCAGAAUAUCAUGUUGAGCGGUAUCUUCGAGAGUGCUUCGUGCCGAGGAUCGCGCCAGUGAGCCGGGAGAUGAUCAUGAAUUUCAUCGGCGAGAAGGCGCUCGGAUUGCCGAGGAGCUAUUAA